CAAGGCAUUCAGCGGUAACUUCGUCAGUGUGCGAUGUUUACUAUUUUGUUCCGCAGUUAACUUGUCUUAAUAGCAGACUUUUCAGGGACAUUUCUUCCUACAGCUGGGAUGAAGAGGUGCCCUCCCAGUGAUGCCUCCAGCCAUGUCUCAGAUCAAUGAUCCAAAGAUCGCCUUCGCCUAUCUGCGGCCAGCCUGUGUCCUGCUCACCAAGGAGCCCACGCUGGCCAACGUGGAAACACUUAAGGAGCAGCUAGAACAUGUCGAUGAAGCUUCACUGCAGCAGCUCCAAGAGUACGUCCUCUUCCCCCUCCGCUUUGUCCUCAAAGUCCCCGGGCAGAAAAAGGAAAAGCUGGUCCAGGCUGUGGCUGAAGCAGUGAGCCAUGUCCUGGAGAGGACUUGUGUCCGAAGCUGGGACACCCUCCAUGACCUCUUCUCAGAGCUCUGCCUCUGCCUGUCCUCCCCCACAGACCCGGGGAAACCUGCAGAAACAUCAGAGGAGCUGAAGUUAGCUGUUCUAAGGUGCUUGGAUGCUCUGCUCCACGCUGCGUAUGGCGACAUAGUCUUCAGACUCUAUGAGCCCAUGAUGCUUCCUGGGCUGGGCGCUGCUGUAUCACUGCUGCUGGCUUUAGGAGAAAAGGACAAAUCCAGAGAUAUACAGGCCGCGGCCUUGAAGUGCCUCCAGUCUUUGGUUCUGCAUUGUAACUGCUCCCAGGAGCAUGUUGUCCCGUCAUCAGAUGAGCGACGCUGUGUGGGUGGCACCAUGGCCUCCUUCCUACCGGGGAUCACUGUGGCUGUAGCAAGGAUCAUCAGCGGAGAUCUGAGGCAAGGUCAUGCAGUGACAGUCAGGGCCAUGAAGGUUUGGUCCGGGUCAGUGGGGCUGGUCAUGGAGGAUUCCCAGCUGCAGAGCACUGAGUCCGGUAAACCUCCUCCCCCAGACCUGGGUAGGAUCACGCAGCUCAUGGUCCAGAGGACGCCAGACUGGGUGAAGGGAACAGCAGGGAAGCUGUGUGUGCUGCUGAAGAAGAUCAUCUCCUGCACUUCAGCCCACGAGCACUGGAAGGUCAGGCUGGAAAUGGUGGAGCUGGCCGACCAUCUGCUGGCAGCGUGCGGCCAGUCGCUGAAAGAGUGUGUGGGGCCGCUCCUGGAAGCCCUGGUGGGAGCGAUAAACGAUAAAGAGCCCAGAGUCAGAGAGAGGUGUGAGGUUGCUCUUAGAGAUGUUUCACAGAGGAAUCAGAGCAGCACAGACAGUAAGAACUUGACUGAUGUGUUGUCUGAGAACCUCCACUCUUUAGCCACCUCCCUCCCUCGGCUGAUGAGGACCUCUGACGACCAGAAGAAGCUGUUUGUCCUCAAUGUGUUCCUUGGUUACCUGAAAGUCCUCGGGCCACUAGUCUCUGUGGUGCUAAACUCUGCUGCACACCUGGACAGGAUCUCCAAAGCACUAAUGCAGGUUCUGGAGCUGGAUGUGAUGGAUGUUCAUAUCGUGGAGGAAAGGAGCUACACUGACCCCAUAGAGAGCACCUCUGGCCCCCAUGACACCUCCACCGCUCACACCCAGAGGAAGCAUUUCCUGUACUUCACAGAUGAGAAGAUCUUCUGCAUGCUCAUGGAAAUCUGCAGAACUUUAGGUUACUACGGCAACCUCUACCUUCUCACUGAUCACCUCUUGGACCUGUAUCGUCAGUCCUCAGCCUACAGAAAGCAGGCUGCCAUGGUCCUAAAUGAGAUGGUCAGAGGUGCCGCUGGUAUGGCGGCGCAGGCUCGCCAAUUGGAUGGCGGUGAAUUCCAGAGUCGCCCUGCUUCCAAGGAAGACCUUAAAGCAGCAGUGGUGUCGAUCAUGGAGGAAUACACCAGCCUGAACAACUGGCACCUGAUAACUGUGAGCGAGGAGACGGACAUAGACCGUCAGGAUCAGCAGGUGCUGAGUCCUUUCAGUCUCAAGUCCAUAACCAGCAGUGAAAUCCUCAGUGCUUCAAACUCUCUACAAGUGAUUCCUUCUUCCUCCACCUCCCCUCCAACCUCAUCAUCCACGUCUACGCUCCACCAGCUCAACAGCAACAUCUGGCAGCUGUGCAUCCAGCUGGAGGGCGUGGCGUGCUUCGCCCAGGCUCUGCGGCGGGACUUCCGCCCUCUGCUGAUGACGUCGCUCUACCCAGUUCUGGAAAAAGCCGGCGAGGAGACGCUGUUGGUCAGCCAGGCGGCGCUCAGCACCAUGAUUGACCUGAGCGAGGCCUGUGGCUACUCCUCCCUGAAGGAGCUGAUCAGCAACAAUUCGGACUACCUGCUAAAUGACGUAUCGGUGAACCUGCAGAGGCUCAGUCAACACCCUCAGGCUCCACGGGUAUUAAUGGUGAUGCUGGCUCACUCGGACUGUAACCUGCUGCCCCUGAUCAGGGACGUAGUGCAGGAUGUACUGAUGGCUCUGGAUCUCAGCUAUGACCACACAGCUCCUCUCUUUAUAUCUGUGCUGCACACGCUCAUUAAGGCACUGGCCAGGUGGUUUCCUCCAUCACACCAUAGGACCAGUAAGUCGCCCAGUUUCAGGGCUUCUGCUGAACAGGAAGAUUUCGACAUUUGCCAGUUCCUGCUGGAUUACCGCAAGCAGAAGGAGUUAGCAGAGGGAGUUGGGAUUGAAGUGGAUGAGGAUGAAGACCUUGAGGUCCCUCCUCCUGCAGAAUGUGACGAUGCUGAGGAUCCCGGUGGUCCUGAUGUGAAAGCAGAACUUCCAUCACACCUCAGCAUCACUAAAGAGGUCAUGGAGCGCUGCAUUCACCUGCUGUCCGACCCGAGCCUCAGGCUUCGACUUAAGGCGUUGGAUGUGCUGGAGCAGUGUGUGUUUGUGCUGAGUGAGAAGGAGGACGAGCUGCUGCCCAUGGCUCAUCGCUGCUGGCCGGCCCUGCUUCAGAGACUCACUGAUGACCCAUUAGCAGUGCUCAGAGCCUUCAGGGUGCUUUGUACACUGGGAGAAACCUGCGGUGACUUCCUGAGGAGGAGGGUUUCUAAAGAGGUCCUCCCCAAGCUGAGCUCCUCACUGACACGGCAGGCUCCCAUUAGCGCUAAGGCCGGGCCUGUCUACACCCACACCCUGGCCUACAAACUGCAGCUGGCUGUGCUGCAGGGGCUGGGCUCAUUGUGUCAGAGACUGGAUCUAGCUGAGGCAGACCUUGAUGCUGUCUGUGAAGCCUGUCUGCCCUACCUGAGCUGCAGGCAGCCCAUCAAACUGCAAGAAGCUUGUCUAAGCGUUUUUCGACACUUAAUCCAGGUGGAUCCAGAUACCUUUUGGUUAACGUUAAAUGAGAUCCACUGCCCUUCUUCCUACACCCCGCCGCACCCUGAUCUCCAGCCUCUGCAGCUGAGCGGGAUGGGCAAGCCAAGAGAUGAGUACUCAGACAACGUGCUGAAGCUGCUGAGGGAAGAGUUUGGCUCAGACUCUGACAGAUAA